AUGGAUUUGAAGGUAGUGCUAGUGCCGGUGGUAGGCUUAAUGGUAGUCGAGGAUUUAGAGAAGGUGAUGGGUUUAGUGAUUAAGUUGGUGUUGGAUUUGGUAGGGGGUGGUGGAGGUGUAGAAAUAGGUGGUGGUAUUUGUGGCAAUGCGGUGGCGGCUUUGUUGGUGGGCUUGGAGAUGGAAGAAGUGGUGGUGGUGAUGGACUUGGUGGUGAAGCUAGUGGUGUAUUAG